AAGGCUUGUUCCUCAGACUGACUCUUAACUGGAUACUUCUGCUCUUCAGGAUGUGUGUGGCGAGGUGUCUUCAAUGUGUCGGCGUCUCUCUGGUUCCCAUGGCGAUCAUCUGCCUGCUGUCUAACAUCCUGCUGCUGUUUCCUGACCUGAAGACCGAGUUCCUGUUGAAGGGUCAUGUGACCAGAGAGGCUACGUGGGCCACGGGUGUGUGGGGGCCCGGGAUACUGGGUUUGAUCACAGCUCGAGCUUUUGUGCAAAGCAGUAAAACCAGAGGAUGCUUUGCAUUCAGGAGUCAGAUGUUGUGUCAGGUGCUGUACUCCUGCAUGUGUCUUUUGGCUGCUGGGAGCUGCUGUCUGGUCAGUGCCACCGGUCUCUCUCAGGGUCCUCUCUGUUUGUACAACACCACCUCUGGUCAGAAAUGGGGUGUCCCACUACAACCCGUCCCAGAUGUUCAUGCAGGCUAUCUGUACAAUAGGACUCUGUGGUCUGGAGUCUGUCUGGAGCCCAGAGGUGUGGUUCUGUGGAAUGUAGCUCUGUUCAGUGUGAUGGGGGCGGCCAGUGGACUGCAAACUCUCCUCUGUGGAGCCAACAUCCUCAACUCACUGCUGGGCCUGAUCCUCGGACAAGGUUUCUGCCACAACAAGGUCAGUCCAGUCUCGGUGUGACGUGUCAUGGAUCCUGAACCAGAAGUCAAGCUAUAAGAAAUUCUAUUUUGGUGGGGACCUGAUCGUAAGUUCAGGUCAAACCUUUCAAAAUGAAACAGCACUGAUGCACUUUUGAUUAAAAAAAAACUUUAAAUAUUUAAAAACAGCUCAACCUGAUGUUGACGUUAAAAGAUGAAUUAUUGUUUUAUUUUUUACAUUUUUUUAGAUUACAAAUUUCUUCAAAAUCUUAAUCUUAAAAAAUGCAAAAACUCAAUAGUAUCAUUUCAAAUUGAUGAAACUAAUUAAAUAAUUAAUGUUAAUUUAUUUUCAUUUGAGUAUUAUUUUAAUGGCUCAUUUAGUGUACAAUUUAGUAUAUUGUCAAGUUGUGGAUAGUUUAUGAAAUAUAUUGAUACAAUUUCACACUUGAUUGAUUCUUUUUCAUUUGUAUUCAUUUUAUUAAUUAUUGGUUCAUUUUAUUUAAGACAGUUGUUUUAUUUGAUCUAAUAAAUAUCAACAUGGACAUUUCUUCAGUGAUUGUUUACAUCAGAAUUCAUCACAUUCACUUUUUAUUAGGGAUGCUCCGAUCAACAUUUUUUGGGGCCGAUACGAUCACAGGAAUCAUAAAUCUGCCGAUACCGAUACCGACCACAGAAUAGAUGGGAGAAUAAUAAUUCUCCAUGUCCUGUAUUUACAGUCUAGCCUUAAAGUGGUAAAACCAUUUGUACUAAAAUAAAUAAAUACAAUCAAGAUCUUUAUGUACCACA